CUAAAAGAUUCAGUGCCAGUUUGCAGUACCAGGAAGAAGCAACAGCAGCUGCCGGACUAAACCAGUUUGGUAAAGUUGGAAAGAUAAUCAUCAAAAUUGCAGAGAAUUGUGAAGUCUGCACGAAGUCCCCUUGUGGGCUGGAUGAAUUGUAGCUUUGAACAGUCAUUUUAGGCGGGAUCGUCGUGUCCUCCUCCAGCCCAUUCAUCUUCAGUCACCCAGAUUUGCAGUUCUUGGUCAUGGGUGAUUUUAUUUGGAAAACAUUGACUGACUGGGGUCUCAGUAGUUUAAUAAAAACAUUUGGAGAUCACGAAUUUGACGAGGAAAGUUUUUUUUGUCUCGAUGACGACAAAAUCGAGAAAUUGAUUCCAAAAAUGGGACCCAUGCUAAAAUUCAAGCGCAGAUUCAGGUUGUUAAAGUGUCAACGGGAGAAUGAAGAAGCAGCUUCUUCAGCUCAGGUGUUUCUGUCCACAAGUGAUGCAAGUGAUAAAGGAAAAAGAAGGUUGGAUCUUCAGGAUGACUCCAGCAAAUGUCAACCACAAACCAAGAUACCACGAUAUGACAAACGGAGAUCAGAUUUAGAAGAACGUAUACUGGAGGAUGUGAAAUCCACCAUAAAGGGUGUCAGUAAAAAUCUACCAAUGCAAAACAAGCUCAGUCAGUUCCUGGAGAAGAAAAUUGGUGAUUUGGAGAUCGACAAGAGGGAGCUGGUCGGUGUCUUUGGUAAAACUGGGGCUGGAAAAAGCACUCUGAUAAAUACUGUCAUUGGAAAGGAGAAUCUCUUGCCUUCUGGGAGUGUUAGUGCAUGUACCUCAGUCAUGAUUAAAGUGGAGGCUAACAAACGGAACCAAAAAUAUGAGGCAGACAUUGAGUUCAUCACAAGAGAGGAGUGGAGGGAAGAGCUGUGGUCCUUCGAUUUCUUGCGGGGUGAUGCAAAUCAGGAAAAUGAUCAGGAAGCUCGUGCUGAUUAUAAGGAAACUGUUGAAAAGCUGACAGCACUGUAUGGAGAAGAAUGGAGUGAAACAUCCACUCAAGAUCUCAUGGACAUGGAUGCCAAAUAUUUUUCCAAAGAAAUUCCAGAAUUUCUCAGUUCCACCAGCAAGACUUUCAAAUGCGAAUCAGCUGAUGAGCUAUCUGCAAAAUUGGUCAAAUACACAAGAACUGACACUGAAGAUGGAGGAGAUAAAAAAGUGAAGAGGUGGUACUGGCCACUUGUGAAGUGUGUGACUGUGAGAGUGCCUUGUAAUGAUCUUAAACAUGUCACCAUUGUGGAUCUUCCUGGAAAUGGGGACCGUAACAGGAGCAGAGACAAGAUGUGGAAAGAGGUUGUUGAAACGUGUUCUACAGUGUGGAUUGUCACGGACCUUAGUCGACCAGCAUCAGACAAAGACGCCUGGGACAUCCUGGACAGUGCCAGUAGGCUCAUGGGAAAUGGUGGCGAGUGUCAGCGCAUCGACUUUAUCUGCACCAAGUCUGAUCAGACUGGAAAUUUGCCAGAUCGUUCACUAAAAGGUGUUCGUGAUUACAUCCUUAAAAGAAACACCCAAGCCAAGGAAGAAGUGAAGAAAGAAUUCAGCGAUUUCUGCAACAUUAAGAAACAUUUCGAGGAUGACUGCUUCAGAGUUUUCACAGUGAGCUCCACAGAGUUUGUACAGCAAAAUUACCUAAAUCCAAAUGAAACUGAAAUACCUGAACUUCAAGGAAUUUUGCAAGAGCUCAAUGACUGUCACUCAGAGACAUUAAACUAUGUGUCUGGAGCACAUGGGAUCCUCUCUUUGAUUCAAGGGGCCAGCCGAAAAGAAGGGGCUGACAGAAACACAGAUGUGUGCAGAGAGCUGGAAGAAAAGAUGAAGCAGGAACUUCAAAAAAUCAGAUUGUCCAUGCAGAAGACUUAUGACACCUUUGAAAGAUGCCUCACUGAGGGGGUUGAAAAAUCCAAAAGUUCCUGGGAAAGACUCUUGAAGGAAGUCCUGUAUCCUCCGGAUACUUCAGGUAGUGGUUAUCACAGUGUACUGAGGUGUGUAGUUAAGAAUGGUGGCACUCACAAACCAAAGAACAGAAAACUAAUAAACCUCAAUAUGGAGUUAACUUCAUGCCUGACUGACAGCAUUGAUGAGGAAUUCAAGAAGACCUUCCCAAACGAAAGAAGAUGUGGACCAUUCAACGGGAUCAUCAACUCGUUUUCACUUGAAACAGAGAAGAUGAGAGAGAGGCAAGAGUACAAAGAUGUCGAACUGCAACUGAUAUUUCUCAAGACAGAGGAAGAGAAAAUGAAGACAGACCUCAACAAAACCAUCCGGGAGCAAAAGAAAAUGAUCUACAGCAGUCUGAUGGAGACAAUCAAGGAAAACAUGCUAAAAUGCUAUAAAAAAGCAGCAGGAUUUAAAGGACAGGACAUGCUGAAAAACAUGAGGAACACUAUUGAGAACCAUGUACGACAAUCAAAGGACGUCAUGUUUCAGAGGGCGAAAAAUGUUAUGUUGGAGCAGCUGGAAAACUUGAUGGAGGAGAUCCUGGAGAGACUGGAGAAAACAAUGCAGGAAUCACUCGAGCUUUCCCUCAAGACAGAUAGUGACUCAAUGCCAGAAGUUAAAGAGGAGCUUCAGAAGGUGAAGAACUACCACAACAACCUGAUGGGAGGCCAAAAUGAAGAACCCAUUAUAAUCGGUAGUGCUGAUCUGCCCGGCCCAGCAGCUGCAGUGAGUCCAUGAUUUGUGCACAGGUUUGCUCAGUGGAGAGAAAAAGCAGACACCUGAUUACCCACUGAAGGUCCCUGCAGGCAUGCUGAUUAGAGAUCGGAUGUCUGCGGAUUUUAUCUUGACCAUUUUUUUAAGUUGUUAUCUCUGUUCUCCUUAAGUUUUGUUUUGAUAUGUACUUUGAGUUUGCCUGUUGUGAAUUACACACAGAGGUAUUUUAAAUUUUCUUUUUGGUAGGACAUUUUGCUUUUAGUUGAUAAAUGAUCAUUAGUUGAUCAGUGAAGUAGUUUUCAAACUUUUUGUGCCUAAGGCACACCAAAGGGCAACCCAAAAUUUUAAGGCAAGCCUGUAUUUAUAUCUGUGCACCAUAGCUUCCAUUAUGUUUGUUAUCACUCUCUAAGACAAUCGAAAUACGAAAAAUAAGACAGGUAACUUUAGCAGAUACUGUCUACAGACACUUUUUUUUCUCUUUUCUUCGGUGGUAGGUCAUCUUGGCUGGUGCUUUGUUGUAAUUUGCCCUGGACAAUAAAACAAUCCAUUGUCCCACUCACAGCAUUAUCCUUUUAAAUGUUAUCGUCCCUUACACUGGCUGCCAAUCAGGGCUUUUGAUGCGUCACACACUUUUUCUUUUCUUUUCUUUUGCAGAUAUAAAUAUAAAACAAAACAAAUACAUAUACAUAUCUCUCUUGGUAGAGAGGAAGACAAGGAAAUGUGCAGGUGAAACUCGAAAGGUUUAUAGAGUGACCUCACCUUUACUGAACAAUCAUUUAAGCAAAGAAAAGAAAUAAUAUUCCCACGUGUGAAUGGCGACAAAUAGGUUCCCUGUAAAAGUUUUUUAAAAAUGUCAUUUUUUAGCUAGAGUUUGCCUUUCUAUUAGGUAAUGGGUUAGUACAACAUACUGAUACAGUCAGUAACUUUUUGUAUAGGCCCAGCUGAAUUGUUCAUAUUGUGUGGUUUGGCACCUUUUGAGAAUCACUGGGUGAGUGAGUAGAAAAUGUGUGUGUGUGUGGGUAUGUGUGUGUGGGUGUGUGUGUGGAAACAAAGGUCAAGUCAGAAUCAAAUCAUUUUUUUUUGUUUUUAAUGUUUUAACAUGUUUUUCCUCUUGAAUAUUAUGUUCAUGUUUGUCUAUGUUUUUAUUUUAGUAGUGUAGUAUCAGUGGGUUAGGAUGGGCAGGCAGAUAUCUCAAUGAUUUUUAUAGAUGUUUAACUAAGACCUUGAACCUUGAUUUAAGUAAAUCCUGUAUGUUGGAUUUUGCAAAGACUUGAAGCUUCAAGUCUUGAUCCUUUCUUCAUGUUCAUGUUUUUUGAGUGACAAAAUUGUUGCUUACUACAAAAUAAUGAUUUGUGUGUGUUCAUUCAUAUAUGAGAAAUGGACAGAACUAAUAGUAAUAUAUCAGUUUAUUUGGCUUAUCCAGAUUUGCUGAACAAUUGUUCUCUUUUUAAUCUACAUUGAUUUUAAAAGCAUUAUUGUAUGGGAUAUGGUAUAUUGUUUUAUACACCUCAAUAAAGUUUGAGUUAAA